AUGCUUGUGGAGGAGGAGAAGAGUUUAUUCCGCACAAAAAUAUUUAGUUCUUGGGACGAUUCCUUUACUAGUACUCCUACUUCUGCGCCUACUAGUAGCUACAUUUCUGGACGAAAAUCAGAAUACGCUUGUGCUGCAACCGCAGGCGAUAACUCUCUCCGUCGAAGCCUCUUGUUCGAUGAGACAGAACCAUGCUCAAAGAAGCGGGAUCGGGCAAGACAAGGCCACAACACCGCCUCACCCUAUCGUCGGGAGAUCGCACACGCUUUGCUCGUCCUUGUCUUUGUUGUCUCCGGCUUCUGGAGUACGUAG